AUGGCGACGUCUCCGCCCGCUGCCGCCGCUGCUGCUGCUCGAGCGGCAGAGCUCACGAGCAAAGACUACUACUUUGACUCGUACUCGCACUUUGGCAUUCAUGAGGAGAUGCUCAAGGACUCUGUGCGCACGAAGGCCUACAUGAACGCCAUCUUGCAGAGCAAACACCUGUUCAAGGACAAAGUCGUGCUCGACGUGGGCUGUGGCACGGCCAUUCUGUCCAUGUUUGCCGCCAAAGCCGGGGCGAAACACGUCUACGGAGUGGACUGCUCGGGCAUUCUGACCCAAGCGCGGACGAUCGUCGCAGCCAAUGGCUUUGCUGACCGCAUCACGCUCUUUCAGGGCAAAAUGGAGGACCUCACGCUGCCAGUGGACACGGUGGACAUUAUCAUCUCCGAGUGGAUGGGCUACUUUUUGCUGUACGAGUCCAUGCUGGACACAGUGCUCUUUGCGCGCGACAAGUACCUCGUGCCCGACGGCCUCAUGUUUCCAGACCACGCGACGCUCUACCUUGGCGCGAUUGAAGACGGCGAGUACAAAGCAGAGAAGCUCGAGUUCUGGGACAAUGUCUACGGCUUUGACAUGAGCUGCAUCCGGGACAUUGCCAAGGUCGAGCCGCUCGUGGACACGGUGGGCAGCGACGCCCUGCUCUCGAACGUGUGCCCGAUUCUGGACAUUGACCUGACCAAGGUGACGAAAGAAGAGCUGGCGUUCUCGUCCACGUUCAAGCUCACGGCGUUUCGUCAGGACUUUUGCCAUGCACUCGUGGCGUACUUUGACUGCACGUUCUCGGCCACGCACAAGCAGCUGAACUUCUCGACGGGACCCAAGGCCGAGUACACACAUUGGAAGCAGACUGUGUUUUACCUGGAAGGAGAGCUCGCGUGCAGCCCGGGCGAGGUGAUUGAAGGCGAGCUCACGUGCAAGCCCAACGCGCUCAAUCCGCGGGACUUGGAUAUCAACAUCAACGUGCGCUUCGAUGGCGCCAGUGGAUCGUACAGCAAGCUGCAUGAGUUCAAGUUGCGCUAG